CAGAUUCUCCUCAGUGUAGGCUGCUUUAAUCAUGUGAAAUUACAACGCGACCACACGACAGCAGAGAGUCUUUACACGUCUCUUUCAAGUACAAGCUCUCAAAACCGCUCAAAACAUUCUCCAACUCCAAAAAGACCGAUCUUGAUUAUUCAGCACGAGGAUCCAUGUGAAUAACCUGCAUGCGGACACUGUUUUCCUCUUGGCGCGCUCUGGUCGCGCGCUCUCGCCGGUGUCGCGCGCUUCUUCAUUCACAGCGGGACUCGGCGGGAGUCGUUCAGUUUGUCUCGGUGAGGAGAAGAGUUCACUAAAGGAGCCGUUUAAACUCGCUGUCGUCCACUGUGGAGUAGACUUCGUUACACGUUAGAGUUUAGGUCGAGUUUCAGUCGAUUUAAACGGAGAACUGCCUCCAAAAGUUCUUCUCGUGUACGUUUCUUUUCAGUCAGCUGUUAGUUCGUUUAAUAGCAGAUGUUCCUUCUUUUUGUCGCUGUCUACUGCAGUUAGUUUUAUUCACAGGUUGAGAAAAUGCCGAGAGCUUUUUCGUCAAAAUAGCUUUCCCGUCAGGCUUGGUCACUUAUUUUCGCGGGUCGGCUAUUUUAGUGGAUUUAAUCUGUGUCGUGUGAUGCUUGCGGUGUGGAAACCUAAACUCUUCACUUGGCUUUUGCAGUUUUGACUGAUCUUGCUGGUGGCUUUUCACAGGUGAAUGAGUUUGGACAGCUGUUCCCCAUCAGUUUUCCGUCUUCAAUGGUUUGACUAAAGUUACCGCUGACAGAAGUCGUUAAAAACUUUCUUUCUGAGUGUUUCAGUUCGUGUUUCCAGUUGCAAACAUGGAUAAAUACGACGAUUUGGGACUUGAGGCGAGUAAAUUUAUCGAGGACUUGAACAUGUAUGAAGCAUCGAAGGACGGUUUAUUUCGCGUGAAGAGAGAUGCAGGGAACAAUCCGGAUUUUGAAGAAACCAGAAAAGUUUUUGCAUCAAAGAUGACUAAAAUACACAUGCAGAAGCAGCAAGAGGAGAUGGCAAGAAACAGUUUGGCUGCAAGGAUCAAUGGAAGUCAUCCGAAAGUGUCAGAUAACACAUUUUACACCAAAGACAGACCACCCAUCAAUAGUUAUAGACAGGGAGGUGAAGCAGCAGCCAAACCACCCAUCAUGUCUGGACCAAUGGUUGGCACUGCCAGUGCGACUCCAUACAUAUCUUAUGAAGGACAAAAGCAUCAUUCAGCCAGCUUACCCGAUGGGUCCAGCAACAGGGCUUAUGACAUUAAGGAGACUGGGAAUGUUGUUAACCCAAUCCCAGUGCCAGCCCGAUCGGCACUGUCUACCAGCCCCACUGGCACAUGGGCUUCAAGAAGCGUUUAUCCGUCUCAAACGCCAUCAUCUCCUUUCUCAAACAGUUCCUCGUCUUCUAGCUCACCUGGAGCGGGUCAGAAUUAUUCUCCAGUGUCUCAGGGAUUCCCUCAAACAGGGAAGUCUCCCUCUCAGUCGCCCACAGGAACAUACAGGGAUGCAUAUCACCAGCCUCAACAGGUUAGCUCUAGUCAGCACUGCCAACCAAUCUCUGCCCAGUGGCCUGCCAGUGGGCCGACGUAUCAAAACGGGGGAGCUCAUAAUAUUGGCACCCCCUCCCCUACCCAGGUGACACAACCUCUAUUGUCCCAUGGAGGGAAGCAAGUCGAGCCAUCCCAUCCUAAGAGCCCUGCACCCGGUAACCCGACAGUGCCCGCUUCUACCCCUGUUGAGUCGCCCCAUGAUGAGUCUUCCAGCCCUUCUCGGGCACUCAAGCUGCCAUGCCAGACCCUCCAUGUACAGACGGAUCAGGGGCCAUGUGCGGCUGAAAUAAAAUUAGAAGCUCUAACCGAACGCCUGGAAAAGGAGAUGGACGCCCAGCCAAAGGCUGAGUACUUUGGCAGCUGUGUGAAGUGCAGCAAGGCUGUGUAUGGAGCGAGUCAGGCGUGUCAGGCCAUGGGCAGCCUGUACCAUGACAGCUGCUUCACCUGCAGCGCUUGCAGCCGAAAGCUCCGAGGGAAAGCCUUUUACUACGUCUGUGGGAAAGUCUUUUGUGAAGAGGACUUCCUGUACUCUGGGUUCCAGCAGUCUGCUGACAAAUGCAACGUAUGUGGACAUUUAAUCAUGGACAUGAUCCUGCAGGCGCUGGGAAAGUCUUACCACCCAGGCUGCUUCCGCUGCGCCAUCUGUAACGAGAGUCUGGAUGGAGUGCCUUUCACUGUGGACACAGAGAACAAGAUCUACUGCGUGAAGGACUAUCACAGAGUUCUUGCCCCUAAAUGUGCAGCAUGCAAUCAGCCGAUCCUGCCCUCUGAGGGAUCAGAUGAAACCAUUCGAGUGGUUUCCAUGGACAAGGACUACCACGUGGAGUGUUAUCACUGUGAGGACUGUCAUAUGGAGCUGAAUGACGAGGAGGGUCACCGCUGCUAUCCUCUGGACGGACACCUGCUGUGUCACGCCUGUCACCUCAAACACAUCGACCCUGCCGCCCCGCCGUCUACAGCAAACAGCUACCACAGUCAGUUUUAAACAUCUGCCUCCCCCUAGUGGGUGUUUAGAGACAUCACAGUUUGCCAAAGAUGCUCAGCUGUUGCAUUGCCAAAAAUCACUGCUGAGAUUGAGAUUACAAACUGUGUGAGACACAUUAUUAUUAUUAUUAUUAUAUAUUGUAUUAUGUCUGAAUUAUUUACCGUACUGUUUUUUUUUUUUUUUUUUUUAGAUUUGCAUUUAUUAAUAUUUUAUUAGAUUGGAUUCAAAAAGAAAAUAGCUAUCCUUUCUUGUAUAAUAUAAAUACUGUAAACAAUAAACCAUUGGAUUAUGCAAAAAUGUUGCUACAGAUUUUUGUAAAUAAGGCAACCGUUGCGUAUAUUAUUACAAAACGUCAUCUGAAUUCCUCGAAUGUCACCUAAUAGUGUAUAAACCUUUAUUUAAUUAAAGGUGAGCUCAGUAAUUGUUUUGAUUCUCUUGUGCUGGUCAAUAUGAUAAUUUUUUAGACUGAUGCCAUUGCAGACAUGCUCAAUACACAGUCAGCCAUGAUUUAUUACACAAGUCAAAGUGUUCAGUAAGAAGGAACUUUUUCAAUGAGGAAAAAAUGCACCUUUUAACAGAUCAAAUAAACAGACAUGCCUAUUUAUGAAUGUGUAUUUAUUAUAAUAAGCCCCCAGUCGUAUGAACAUUAGGUGGUAAGCUUUUAAUUUUGUGUCAGAUUCCAUUUCAUUUUAACAGACAAACAUGAACAUUAAUUGUUUAUUACAAAAGCUAAUAUAGAUACCUGUGAAUGUGUACCAACACAAAUUUCCUGAGUGUUCACGUCUGUUGAGUUGACUUAACAACAGUGACGAUCUGUCAUUUGAAAUCACCUUAUUUACUUUAUAAAAUUGUGAGUUUUAUUAUUCAGCCAUGCAAUCAGGUGCAUUUACACAAUGAAAUUAAUAAUUAAGUUAUUAAGUCAUAGAAGAGGUUCAUCGACUGUUAUUCUGAAUAUCUUUGAAAUGUUUUUAUUACACUGUUGCACUUGGACAGAAUUCAGCAGUUCACUACAACUGUAUUACAGUUGGCAGGCCAAACCCACAUCUUAACUGACUGGAAGACUUGACGCCAAUUACUCUCAAUUAAAGGCUGUUAUUUCAGACCUAGAGCUUCUGUUAAUGACCUUCAUUGUUUGUACAUUUUGUUCAAUAAAGAUUUGGUAUAAUACAGUACAAUGUUGCGUUGUUUGCCAAAUUUGGUGAAUCUGAUCACAAAAGCUAUUCUUGAGAAAUUCAGAUCAUUUUAAAUGUUCCCAAAUUUGUUUCACAAAACAACAGAUUAAGAUGUGAUCAGAAAAAUGUAACUCCAGUUUAGCUCACCUAUAUAUUGUUUAAAAGUUACCAUUCAAAAGCCUUUAAUCAGCAACUCAUUUAUCUGCCUGUUGUUUCUGUGGUUUUUACGGUUAAGCGGUUGAUUGUGUACACUACCUUAAGUUCUCAGAUCUCCCUCAGUGUUACUUAUUUAUCUAUCUGCUCCUAUUAAAAAGUAGGAUGUGACGCAUUUAUUUGACAUUGUGUUAUGCUGAUGAUUUUGAAAAUAAAACGCAACAAAGAUUUUUUUUUCAUGAUUUAAGAUUGUUUCAGCACUUUUAUGCUAAAUAUUUAAAUGGUAGUUCACCCAGAAACAAAACUUCUGUCAUUGUUUGCUCUCAUGUUGUUCCAAACCUGUAUGAUGCUCUUCUGUGGAACAUUAAAGAUAUUUU